AAUCCUCCCUAGAGUGCAAAGCAUGACCAACAAUAAAAUCCAAGAUUCUGAAACCAUCAAUUCCUAAUUAAAUUGAAUCCAUUAUCAGUGUCUGCCCUUUCAAAAUUCUAACAUUUUUCUCCUUCCAAACCGCCCAAAAAGAAGUAAUCGGAGUCAUGUCCACAUGUUUCCUCCUGCUGAUACUCUUCAACGCCCAUAAAUUCUCUCUAAUCGAUCCUGCUUUCACCCACUUCACCUCUAAUAACCCAUGAAUAUGGUCCAAAGCUUGUAAAUCUCCGAGUAUCAAAGGAGUAAAUAGUUGCAUGUCUCUGCAGUUCUUUUACAAAAAAUAACAUCCAUUUACCAGAACCUUACUCUGUCUUAUCAACUUAUCAAUUGUCAGAAUGCACUCCCUGUUGGCCUCCCAAGUAAAAAGAGACACACUGGGUGGGAAUUUCACCUUCUAAAUUGAGGGUUAGAAUGUUAUAAAAGCCUUCUUGACAAUAGCUAUGAUUACGUUUUUUUUUUCUGAGAAAUUCCGUAUAGCAGUCUUAUAUGUUGAAGCUAACAUUAUGGACACAGAGUAUAAUUAAUUAUGGGAGAUCAUUCUCGAAUUGGAUGCCAAAGAGUGUGAGAAAAUUAGUUGAAUUGACUUAAAUUGCUUUUAUCCUCUCAUAUUUAUCAUCUGACACUCCAGAUAGGCAGUUCCAAGCAUGGGGAAUGAAUGGUUGAUCUGAAGAUGAACAUGUUGUAUGCCCUCAAACUUGCAGGCAGUCUUGUGUGUCUUUUGUAGUCGAUGCACUAUGGUGGCAAAACAUUGCAUAUAAAAUGAACAUUUCCUUUUGGGUUACUGAUCAUGCACAAUCUCCUCCUUUUGAUUUGUUUCUAUAGCUAUUCCGUUGCACUUUCAAAGACACAGGCACCUCAUGCAGUGUUGCAAACUUUUUGAAAGAUAAUGAAUGAGAUUUUUAUUUCUAUUUGAAUGCUAAUUUCUAUUUUUGAAGAACUCUCCAGCUCAUCGAUUGCUGCCGUCACAUGUUUUAUUGGAAUGCAUUUUGGCCACAUACUUGUUCAUUUUAAGGACCACAAGCAGAGAUUAUUAUUGUGGUCCUUGUCUUCCUUCCUACUGUUAAUUUCAGGUUACAUUUUGGAUCUGCUAGGAAUUCCUUUGUCUAAACCGCUAUACCCACUAAGCUAUAUGUGCAUCACAGCAGGAGCAUCGGGCUUGCUCUUAACCGUUAUCUUUUAUCUGGUAGACGUAAAAAAAUUUGGAAAUGCCACAUUGUUGCUUAAGUGGAUGGGAGUAAAUGCCCUCAUCGUAUAUGCUUUGGCAGCUUGUGAAAUUUUUCCAGCAGUUGUGCAGGGUUUCUAUUGGCGUUCACCUAAAAACAACAUGGUCGACUUGACAGAAUCUUUCUUACAAGCUGCACUUAAUUCGAGGAAGUGGGGUACCCUGGCAUUUGUACUGCUUGAGAUUCUAUUUUGGUGCAUGGUUGCUGGUUUUCUACAUAUGAAAGGUAUAUAUAUGAAAUUGUAGAAAUGCCACAAGGUUGCUUUGUAAAUCUCCUGUGAAUACAAAGUUUUACUAUUAGGAACAGCAUUUUAUAUCUUCAAAUUCAUAUGGGUGCUAUAGGUUUGUUCAGGAAUCAGUUUAUGCUGUGUAUGGGCAUUUUGGUUAUAGUCAAACUUGGUUUAUCACCUUUUCAUCA